AUGGCCGAUCAGCACACUGUCGCUGCGAGUCCCCGGCUGCUCACAUUCAGACCGAUUGCGAGCGGAGUUCGGGACACCAUGGCAGCGCUGGCGUUCCACGCGGCCGUCGCGCGCGUCGCAUCGCUGACCGGACCGCGACGUCGCGACGCCGCGAGGUCCUCCUCCUCCGCCGCCGCGGCGACGACGACGACGACGUGCCGCGCGGGUCGCGACGACGAUUACUACCGAGACGGAUAUCGCGACGAGCCAAUCCCAGCCGCCGAGCGGCGUCGAAGCGACGAGCGGCGGUACUACGACGGCGGACGACGGUCCUCGCGCGUGAGCGACUACUACGAUCGCCGCGCCAGGCCCACGGGAGAUUCGCGGCCGGCGAUGGAACCCCCGCGGCGACGCGUCGGACCCGAGGACGACGCCGCCGGGCCCACGCCUCGUCGGCGACGCGAGCGCGACGACGGCUUCCGCGCGAGGGAGGCUGCGAUGCGCGCCGAGGCUGACGCGCGCGCCGCGCGCGAGGAGUCCAUGUGGCGCGACGCCUACGCCAGGCGCGUGCGGGAGAAGCGCCAGCGAUGGGACGAGUGGGACGACAUGGCCGCGGAGGAGGACAGCGCGCGGAAGGACCGCGUGGCGCGAGCCCGAUCCGCCAAGCCCGCGUUCAAGACGCCCGAGCAACGCCGCGACAGGCUGGCGCGAUACAGGGACAUCUCCAGGCGAGCCGACGAGACGUGGGCGUCCGCCAUCGAGCGCAGGUGGUCCGCGGACGAGGAGUACGCGCGCGCGACGGGGCAAAGGCCGCGGGGCGACAGCCUGGACCGGACGAUGGACUGGCUGUUCACGCCACUCGCGGGUGCCGCUCGGCGGAUCGAUAGAUGGCUCGAGGAGGAUCCGUAUAACCCGUUGACGAACCCGGAAUACUACGGCGGCUACGACGCGCCGCCCCUGCCGCCGCCGGGGGUGGUGUACGAUCAGUACGACUACCCGGGAGGGUCCGCGAUGAACGCCAUGGGGUGGGGCGGGCGACGACCGCCGCCGCCGACACAGCCGGCGCCGAGAUCCCAGCGCGACGGACUCGACGAAGACGCGUACUACCCCUCGCGGGCCGCCGCGCCGUUCCCACCCUCGCCGCCGCCGCCGCCGAGGAGGCGCGGCGAUGGACCGAACCCGCUUCGCGACGCGUUCCGGGGCGGGGGCGCGUCGGGGCGCCAAGGUCGCGACGACGACCCCAUCACGCCGGAGGAGUUUGAGAGGCUGCGCGGCGGGGGCGGCGGCGGGGGCGGCGGGGGCUCGGAGCCGGAUUUCGACCGGUACCGCGGGACCGUCUCCGGCCGACGCGGGCGUAGAGGCCGGUACUGA